UUUGCUAUGCUGAUCACGUGGCAUAUCAUGUCAAAGAUUCAAGAGAUUCUAGGGCCGUGAAAGAAUAAUCUUCAGUGCAGUACAGUCUGCUGCUUAACUUUCAGUAGACUAGUCACAUAUCCAACUUAUUUAUCCUAAGUUCCAGGAACUCGAGCAUAGUUACUAAUAUUCACCAUGGCUGACGAUGAGGAAAAGAAGAAGAAGCAGGCGGAGACGGAGCGGAAGAGGGCGGAGGUCCGUGCUCGUCUAGAAGAGGCAUCUAAGGCGAAAAAAGCCAAGAAAGGUUUCAUGACCCCAGAUAGAAAAAAAAAGCUCAGGUUGCUGUUACGUAAAAAAGCCGCUGAAGAAUUGAAAAAAGAACAGGAAAGAAAAGCCGCUGAAAGAAGACGUAUUAUUGAAGAACGUUGUGGGAAACCUAAAGACAUUGAAAACGUCAGUGAAGCUGCAUUGAAGGCAAUUCUGAAGCUGUAUCACAAAAGGAUUGUACUGUUAGAGGAGCAGAAAUAUGACCUUGAGCUUGAAGCCGACAAUAAAGAUUUUGAGAUCUCCGAACUCAACAGUCAGGUGAAUGAUCUCAGAGGCAAAUUUGUGAAACCUGCAUUGAAAAAGGUUUCCAAGUAUGAAAACAAAUUCGCCAAGCUCCAGAAGAAGGCAGCUGAAUUUAAUUUCAGAAAUCAACUCAAACAAGUUAAGAAGAAGGAAUUCACUUUGGAAGAAGAGGACAAAGAGAAUGCCUCAAAAGAUAAGAAAAAACCAGAUUGGUCCAAGAAAGGAGAGGAAAAGAAGGUGGAACCUCCACCAGAACCGGCCCCCCCAACACCAGAGGUUGCUCCGCCAACACCCUCACCCGAACCGUCAUCAACAGAACCCUCAACCGUAACAUCGACUCCCGCAGUGACACCGGCACCAUCACCAGUACCUCCGGCAGAAAUACCUCCUGCUGCUCCAUCGCCCGCUGAAGCCGCACCUUCGCCCGCGCCACCCGCAGAUGGAGCUGUCCCUCCUGCAGAAGGAACUGAAGGUGCAGCACCAGCACCUCCAGCGGAAGGAGCCGCGCCACCAGCGGAUGGAGCAGCACCACCAGCUGAUGGAGCAGCGCCGCCAGCAGAAGGCGCCACACCACCAGCAGAAGGAGCAGUGCCACCAGCGGAUGGAGCAGCACCACCAGCUGAUGGAGCAGCGCCGCCAGCAGAAGGCGCUGCACCACCAGCCGAAGGAGCACCUGCUGAUGGUGCCGCUCCAGCUGCACCACCAGCUGAAGGAACUGCACCAGCAGAAGGUGCGCCUCCAGCGGAAGGCGCUCAGGCACCACCACCAGCUGAGGGAGCUCCUCCAGCAGAAGGUGCUCCUCCAGCAGAUACCCCAGCGGCACCACCUGCGGAUGCUCCAGCACCAGCGGCUCCUGAAGCUGCCCCUGCACCAGCAGAACCGGCUGCAUCGUAACUUAGUGAUGAUAAAAUAAAAUUUCAUUUAUCUUUGACACUUACAACUUAUCAACACGCGAAUCAACUUCUGGUGACUGUAUGGUUGGCAUGAUAAUGCUGCUGAAAACGUAGCCGACUGUACCUUUAUAUACUACACGUGGUUCGAUGCUAAUAAUUCCUUGACAAGACUCAUCAUUAUAACCUUCUGUCACUAUCAUUCUCCCAUGUGUAAUAAUUAAUGUUAUAGUUAUAUCAAAUAUUAUGCUAAUGUAGCAACACGCUGUUGUUGUCUAACAUACAGGAUAUGUGCUCGAGGGAGUUAAUUCGUCCGUCAUUGCUACUGGGACAUUUAACGUUUACAAAUAAUCAUUUAUCUUAUAAAUUAUUGUAACUAUUAAUUUCAAUAAAUAAUCUCAGUAAUUCUGUUCGAUUUUUUCGAAAAUA